GGCGGAAACUCGUCGGCAUUUGGCGUGCGCGUUUGUUUGGAUGGUCCAUGUGACACCGAGAAACAAGAGACACAAAUCCCCCCCCCGCCGGUUAAAGUUAACGACUGUCAGUGCCGUCAUGGGCAAAAAGGGCAAGAAGGAGAAGAAGGUGAAGGGGGCGGAGAAGACAGCGGCCAAGAUGGAGAAAAAAGUUUCAAAGAGGUCCAAACGAGAGGAGGAGGAUUUGGAGGCUCUGAUUGCUGAGUUUCAGAAUCUGGAUGCAACCAAGACCCAAGUUGUAGAGACGACAUGUCCUCCUCCAUCGCCGAGAUUGAGCGCUACUCUCUCUGCCCAUCCCGAGAAAGAGGAGCUCAUCCUGUUCGGAGGAGAAUUCUUCAAUGGAAGGAAGACGUACCUGUACAACGAUCUGUUUUUCUACAACAUCAAGAAGAACAGCUGGGUUAAAUCGGACAUCCCCAACCCUCCUCCGCCCCGCUGCUCCCACCAGGCGGUGGUAGUUCCCCAGGGUGGGGGUCAGCUCUGGGUGUUCGGGGGUGAGUUUGCCUCUCCGAACGGGGAGCAGUUCUACCACUACAAAGACCUCUGGGUGCUGCACCUGGCCACGCACACAUGGGAGAACAUCAAGGCGCCCGGUGGUCCACCGGGUCGCAGCGGCCAUCGCAUGGUCCUCAGCAAGAAGCAGCUGCUGGUGUUCGGAGGUUUCCAUGAGAACACAAGGGAUUUCAUCUACUACAAUGACGUCUACUCCUUCUCCCUGGACACCUUCUCCUGGUCACGCCUUGCUCCAUCAGGCUCCGCCCCCUCCCCGCGCUCCGCCUCUCAGAUGACCUCCACGCCUGACGGCAUGGGAGUCAUCAUCUACGGGGGAUACUCCAAAGUGCGAGUCAAGAAGGACGUGGACAAGGGCACCAUCCACUCCGACAUGUUCCUUCUCAAGCGGGAGGGUAAAGAGGGCCAAGAGAAGUGGUCGUGGUCCAGGGUAAGCCCCUCUGGCAACAAGCCCCCUCCCCGCUCCAGUUUCUCCAUGGCGGCGGGCCCGGCUGGCCGAGCGGUGCUGUUCGGGGGAGUUUGUGACGAGGAAGACGAGGAGACGUUGGAGGGCGACUUCUACAACGACCUCUACCUGUACGACGCACUGAAGAACCGCUGGUUUCCCGGCCUCCUCAGGGGAAACAAGUCGGAGAAGAAGAAACGGAGAAGGGGGAAGAAGGGUGGAGCAGAGGGGGAGGGAGCAGAGCAAAGGCAGGAGGAGGAGGAGGGGGGGGCACCACAAGGACCCACUGAAGUCAUCAAGGAGAUUGUCACUGAGGACGGCACAGUGAUGACCAUCAAGGAAGUGAUCCCUGGAGCUCAGGAGGAUGAGGAAGAAGAGGAGGAUGAGGAGGAGGAGGACGACGAUGGUGCAGCCUCGGCCCCCCUGGUGGAGCCGUGCGCCAGGGGCAGCGCCAUGGCAACGGUGCGCCAAGGCAAGCUCUUCCUUUACGGAGGGAUGUUCGAGAUCGGCGACCGCCAGUUCACCCUGAACGACUUCUACUCGCUGGACCUCAACAAGAUGGACCAGUGGGAGGUUCUGGUGGAAAUGGACCCAAAGACACAGGAGUGGCUGGAGGAGUCUGAGUCAGAGGAAGAUGAGGAGGAGGAAGAGGCAAAAGGAGCAGAAGGGGAGGAGGAGGAGGAGUCUGGAGAGGACGGCGAGGAUGAGGAAGAUGAAGAGGAUCACCCCGCGGUGCAGGAGGGAGAGUCGGUGACGGAUUACCAGACCCGCACAGAGCAGUACUGGAUAGGACUGGCACGAGCCAACAUGGGCGCCGACGCUAAGGACAAAAAGGUGGCCAAGGUCGCCCUCGCCAUGGCCAAAGUCGUCUUUGAAGACCAAUAGUCGCAUGCAGUGCUGUAGUGGUAAAAUUAGAGGUGGGUAAACUCUGAAUUUUGUGAUCAUACUGACCUUGACACGAUGCAACGCGAUGCGAUGCAACGCGACACAAAGCGUCGCGACUCUGUAAGGCUGUCCUGGCUAUAUUGCAUUAUGUUUUCUGUCCAGAUAUGUGGGUGGCAUCUGCUCUCUAUUUUCUCCUCUCACUGUGUCUUCAGUCUCAGAUUCUUCUUCCUCUGUAUCUCCCUCUACUUCAGAUUCUAAUUCAUAUUCUCCACUCUCCAUCUCUCCUGCCCCUGUUUUUUCUCUUACUCCUCUCUUACUACCUGUUCCUUCAUCUCCCCCCUCUAUUUCAUCUUUCUCUGUCUCCCCUUUCUCUGUUUCUUCAUUCUAUGUUGGUCUUCUUUCAUUUCCUCCCUUUCCUCUUCUCCACUCUUUGGUUCUCCACUGUCAUGAUUUCGUUCUCUCAUCAGCCGUUCUCCUCUCUCUAUUCGACCUGGUGUUUCUCCUCUCCCUGUGCUCUCUGAAUCAUUGUCUGUCCUAUUACUGCCUGAAAAAAUAUGUUGAAUUUCAGAGUUGUGGGGAUGAGAACACCAGUUAAGCAGCCUGUCAAUUACACUGACAACAUAAGUUAAAGGAACACUCAUGUACUACCUAUGUCAUCAUAAAUAGCCUACAGCAUGUUUUUUUUUCACAUUGAGAACUGACUUGUUUUCAAAUAAUCUAUGUUUACAGUGUAUUUCGCUUACAGGCUACUCUACACCUUUCAUGACUUCAAAUCAUUGAUUAAGCAUAUAGGCCUAUUCAGUGAAGCAACAGCUUUAUGAAGCAGCAGCAAUAUGCGUGAGGAUAAUUACUCAUUUUAUUAGGCCUAUUUAGAUGGGACCGGGAAGGCUGGCUUGUUACUACCUGCAUCAUCUAUUCGAAAGCAAGUUAUUAAUAGCGUUUGUUCCUGUCUUAAUGCGAUGUUGUGCGAACCAAAACGACGCUUAAAAACGUGAAUUGAUCUUCAUUCUUACUUUGUACUUGAGGCCUUUUGCGGGCAUCUGUGGGAGUGGGAGCACUCGAUGGUCUCUUCAAAUAUCGCCUGAUAUCCAUUGCUAAUUACCGACGGUAAUCCAUUCUGUAGUAUCUUGGAUACUUCCGGUUCAAAUGUCUGUCAUGUUGUGAUGAGGUCAUCAAGGUGCGCGUUUAUGUGCAGAAGUAAAUAUGCACUAAUAAAGAUGGACGCAUACAGCGCCGACUAAAAGAAA